UUUUGAGCAAUGCAGGACUGAGUAGAGCAGAGAGCCAACAAUCUCGUUUUGUUGGGAGAUCAGUUGGUUGUGACUUGUGAGUUGUGACUGGGUGAAGUCUGAAAACCAAGAUUGCGGGCCGGGUACGAAUCAAAGGUUGCCAAUCGUUUCGGCCCGAAUCCAUGUGUUGGGCCUCCACGAGAUACGAAGAUCAACCCAAAACUGCGAUUCCCAGAAACAAAUAAACUUUCUGUCUGUCGGCCAGUCUCUCAGAGAAUCGAUUUUGACGAUUUGUUCCAUCUCCCAUUCAGCCAUUCUCUUGCACUUCAUCAGUACCUUGAACUAAAGUCCUCAAUCCCGCCAUCCCAUCUACUUCUAGGCGCUUCGCUCCUCUACUAUUACCAUCCAAUUGGCUCUCGGAAGCCCUUGGUUUGAAAAUAUCGGCGCCGGGGACGCCUGAAAUCUCCGACUACACGCGCAUAUAGCCGCUGCGGAUUGCGACUGUCGAAGAGGACCGUCGGAGAACUACACCUCGCAGGGCAGGCUACUCCAGCAGCAGCAGACUUGGUUCUAUGGCGUCGUCUACGGGAACUUCUUCCUUUCCUGCUCAUUCCGUUGUCAAUGAACAGAGAGAUGAUGAAAGAGUGGACACAGAGAAGGAGAAGGAAGUUAAUUUAGUAGUUCCUCCUAGGUCUGUUGCCAGUCAGCAUUCCCCUAGAGCUGGUUGCUACCAAGACUUGGCUAUGCACCGAGACGACGAGAGUGAGUGCGAUAAGCUGAAUUCUGAUAUGCGUUCAAUCCAUGCAGCGUAUACUGAAGUUGAUGCUAAAGUUGGAGCUGAAGAUUUUAGUACUAGUACCUGUAACUUUGAAGAAGACUUUCCGAAAUUUAAAAAAGCUCCCACAGUAGCGAUGGGGUAUUCCAAUGACUCCCGUAGUGCAAACCAAAAUGGUGCUACUGCCGCUGCUGGCUUUGACUUGCGAUGUUUGGACUCGGGAUGUAGUAGUAGCUCUGAUUUUGCAGAUGACCUUGACCAUAUUGUACUGAAAGAACGGCAAAGAAUGCUGCUCCUGUCAAGGAACAUGCUGAAGCCUGUAAUGAUAUCCACAGAGGGAUCUGCUAUGAUUGUAAAUUCACUUGACGGGUUGGGCUGUGCACCUGCCAGUGCAAGUAAUACUCCCAGCUCAAAUCCUUUGGAUUCAGUCAUAGUCAAGUCGGAACCAUUGGAUCAUGUUGAAGUAACCAAGCCAGAUUUGACUUCCUUGGACAUGUUUCCUCUGAAAAGUGAACUGGACAGCCCCAAAGGACCUCAUGGGGACGACUUGGACUUGGACCACAUGCAAUUACAAGAUAGGAUGAAGCUCCAAGCUGCAAAUGGUAAUUCUACAUCAAAACCCUCUGGGUAUUUCAGUACCUCCAGGAAAGCAAUUCGAUCAGAAUCAGGUGAUCAUCCUUUGCCUACAGAAGCUCCAGACCCAAUAAAGAUCAAUCGUAUGCGUAAGCGAAAGAAAACAGCCACGGACUCUGUUGAGACAGCUCUUGAGGAAGAUGCUCCAGGACUUCUAAAAGUACUUGUUGAACAAGGAGUAUCGGUUGAAGAAAUGAAGCUUUAUGGAGUGGCCGAUGGUGAUGAUGAACCCAUCGAUGAAUCAUUCAUUGAAGAUGGGUUUGCAGAUCUUGAAGAUGUUAUGACAAAGCUGUUUUUCCAGCGGAACUUCCUGCUAAAGCUUGCUCCAAUACGUGCUGCAAACCUUGCCAAGCCCAGUUAUUGCUUAUCAUGCUUAUUCUCUCUUGUGGAGCAGGCUAGGUAUCUUCAGUUCCGUGAUUGGCCUGCUCAAUGGGGCUGGUGCAGAGAUCUCCAAUCAUUCAUAUUCGUCUUUGAGAGGCAUAAUAGGAUAGUGCUUGAGCGUCCUGAGUAUGGUUAUGCGACAUAUUUCUUUGAGCUGGUGGAUUCGCGGCCAAUCCAGUGGCAGAUCAAGCGCUUAGUAAUUGCAAUGAAACUAACUGGGUGUGGAAGAAUUACGCUAAUUGAGAACAAACCCUUAAAGGUUGGAGAAGACUUGAGUGAGGGGGAAGCGAAGGUGCUAAUGCAGUAUGGUUGGACACCGAACACCGGGUUAGGAACGAUGCUGAACUACUGCGAUCGGGUAGUCCACGACAGGAAGAGCGAGAAGGAGAGGUUGGAGUGGAGAUCCAAAAUAGGGAAGCUGUUGAUGGAUGGAUACAAUGGGGGAACUGUCGUCUCUGCUAUUAUGGAAUCGGCCACAGACUGGAACAGUGGUGAGUUUACUGAGGUUAAGACAGAGUUGUGAUGAGCUUUUUAAUAUUGCGGUCUGUCCCAACCGGGCUGGUUGAUCGAAUCAAUCUCGGUCAUUGUGCAGUCUGUUUAUUUGAGAUGUAAAAUUUGAGUAGCAGCUGAAAUUAACGUGGAAGGAAAGAAAAGAGAGCACAGUUGAAUGUUACUUGUAAUUUUAGAUAAAAAAAAAUUAUGGGUUCGGAUUAGGUCAGUAACUUUAGUGUUAGUAACGGUGAGUAAUUUGUACACAUCAUCGUGAUAUCAUCAUUCUCUAUUUUAUGGAAAAGGC